AUGCCUGAAGAAUUUCAUGGUAAUUCAAAUAUCCUCGCUUCGCUGCCUCAUGAUAUGUUGAAUCAGUUGCAACAAUGGCUGGAAUUCUGCCGUCGACUAGAUGAUGAUAACACUCACCUAAAGCGUCAAAUUUUAGAGCUGCAGGCGCGUAAAGAUCGGCUCGUGGCAUACGAGAAUACGUGCGGAGAGAUGGUUGCCACACAGAACCAACUGAUCGUAUCUCUAAGCGCGAGGAUGGCUACCAGCGAAAGGCCGCCCAAAUUGAUCCCUGAUCCAGUCAAAGAUUCAGAAAUUCCUAUCAUUUCCCUUGACGAGAUUACGCCGGAGUCAAAUAUCCCACCGACUACGAACGAUGCGAAUUCACUGACGCAUCAUCUGCAAUCAUCGCUGGAAGAUACGGAGCGCGAAUCUGGCCCAAGGCUCGACUAUCCAGUCGUGGUGCAUACGAAUCUCGGAGUAGACAGGGAUACCGGUACUUAG